UUCAACAUUUCCUAACCUGUCUCAAAUUUGAUCCGGUUGCCUUCUCCUCUUCGCUCUGCAAGAGAAGACGCACAACAAAGGAAACAUGGAGAAAACUCUCAAGGCUUCUCUCCGAUCUCGACUCCUUUUUUCUACUCAUUUCUCGGUUCCAUGGCUUCUCCUGUCGAGGUCUACGCCAUCGCCUCGUCGUCAGGACUCGAGGUCGAUCGAAACCCUAGCCUACGAAGAGGUCCGUCCUUCCGAAGGGCCCUAUAAUUCCACGGCUUUCGUUCUCCACGGCCUCCUUGGAUCCGGCCGGAACUGGAAGUCUUUCUCCCGGAAUCUUGCCUUGGAGCUCCAGAAGCGUUCUUCUGUAUGGAGGAUGGUUCUUGUGGAUUUGAGGAAUCAUGGGAGAUCAGCUGGAAUAAAGGGCCUGGAUCCACCGCAUGACAUGGGAAAUGCAGCUAGAGAUUUGGCUAAUUUGGUGAAGUUUCGUGAGUGGGCAUGGCCUGAAGUCAUUGUAGGCCACUCAAUGGGUGGAAAGGUUGCCCUUGAAUUUGUGGCAAGUUGUGCUCGUGGGGACUAUGGUGAAUCUGCUGUCUUGCCUAAGCAGCUUUGGGUGUUGGAUUCUGUCCCUGGAGAAGUAAAGUCAGAUGCCAGUGAUGGUGAAGUGGAAAAGGUUUUGCAUACUCUAAAAAGUCUGCCUUCAUCUCUCCCAUCACGACAGUGGGUGGUGGACCACAUGCUCAGCCUUGGGUUUUCCAAGUCACUUUCAGAAUGGAUUGGCAGCAAUCUAAAGAAGGAAGGCGAACAUGCGACGUGGACUUUUAAUCUUCAAGCUGCUAUUGAUAUGUUCAAUUCCUACAGGGAAACAAGUUAUUGGUCUCUACUAGAGCACCCACCAAAGGGCUUGGAGAUUGCAAUUGUACAAGCUGAAAACAGUGAUAGAUGGCAAGGAGAUGUGCUUCAGAAGCUUGAGGGCCUAUGCAGAAAGGGAGAAACAGCUGGAGGAGGAAAGGUUUCACUUCAUGUUCUUCCAAAGUCUGGUCACUGGGUCCAUGUUGACAACCCUAAGGGAUUACUUGAGAUAAUGACACCUAAUUUCAUAUCAAGGGCUUGAAAUUCCAGUGCAAUGGACCAUCAUUUUUUAUGACUUUUUCCAUUUUCUUAUAUAUGAAAUAAUGAAAGUGAUUCCUGAGGCAUGCUCAGUAAAUUUAUACAAGUUUAUGUUUCUCGAGAUUUGGAACUGUGGCAUUUGACAAUUUAUAUAUUUUUUCA